CCACCUCGCUUCCCUCGCUCGCUUCCCUUCCAUUGACCAUUGGUCGAGCUCGCCCGUGCCAGUUUUCCGGUCUUGCCCCUCGUAGCCAGUCGUCGCUUCCUCCGAUCUUCCCACCCCCAUUGUCCGCCGCUCCAUCCGAGGCAGCAGCUAGCGCGCGAGCGGAACAACCGGCGAGGCAGCAGCGGCUGGAUCUCGUCUCGAGGGAGAGCGCGCCCCCGCCCCGCCCCGCGCCGCAAAAGGGCUUGGUAGCUAGCUCCUCCUCCUCCGCCCCUUCCGGUCGAUAUGAGGGCAAAAAAGAUGAUAUAUGGAUUCUCCAUCUCCCUUAUCCUCAUCAACCUGGCUUCCAUAAUGGAGCGGGCUGAUGAGAAUCUCCUCCCCGCUGUUUACAAGGAAGUCAGUGCUGCCUUCGAUGCUGGUCCUACUGAUCUGGGGUACCUUACGUUUAUAAUGAACUUUCUGAAGUCCAUAGCAUCUCCCUUGGCAGGUGUUCUUGCUCUUCAGUAUGAUCGCCCCACAGUUCUUGCAAUCGGAACUGUCUUCUGGGCUAUAUCAACAGGGGCCGUUGGUGUCAGCCAGUAUUUUCAGCAGGUUGCAUUCUGGAGAGGUGUAAAUGGUCUUGGACUUGCCAUUGUAAUACCAUCACUCCAAUCCUUCAUUGCUGAUAGCUACAAAGAUGGCACUCGUGGUGCAGGAUUUGGUUUGUUAAGCCUUAUUGGUUCAGUAGGUGGUAUAGGAGGAAGUAUUUUAGCAACAGUUAUGGCUGGAAGGGAUUAUUGGGGAUUUCCUGGAUGGCGGUUUGCAUUUAUUGUGGUCGCAUUUGUGAGCUUGUUAAUUGGGCUUCUUGUCUACUUUUACACUGUUGAUCCUAGAAAAACAUCUCCAAGCUAUUAUGGUGAUGAUGAGCAUCACGAGAGGUCGCAUUUAGUCGGUAAUGGUAUUUUUCCUCCACGGUCCAUCUGGAAGGAUUCAUGGAUAACAGCAAGAUCUGUCAUGAAAGUACGGACAUUUCAAAUCAUUGUCUUGCAAGGCAUAGUUGGCUCUUUGCCAUGGACUGCUGUUGUUUUCUUCACAAUGUGGUUUGAGCUUAUCGGUUUUGAUAAUAGAGGCUCAGCAGGAUUAAACAGCCUAUUUGCUAUCGGCUGUGCCAGUGGAUCAUUUCUUGGUGGAGUAAUAGCAGAUCGCCUGUCAAGACGCUACCCGGAUUCUGGUCGCAUCAUGUGUGCUCAGUUCAGUGCCUUCAUGGGCAUUCCUUUCUCAUGGAUUCUCCUUACAGUCAUCCCCCAGUCAGUUGAUUACUGGUAUAGCUAUGCUGUCACACUGUUCUUGAUGGGAAUUACCAUAAGCUGGUGUGCCACUUGCGCAAACAACCCGAUGUUCGCGGAGGUAGUCCCUCCAAAGCACCGCACUAUGAUCUACGCCUUUGACCGUGCAUUCGAGGGCUCAUUCUCUUCGCUGGCUGCUCCUGCUGUUGGCAUGGUGACCGAGAAAAUAUACGGCUACAAUGCAAAGACCGUCAAUCUGGCAAAUGGGUCGGUGGCAGGGGCAUAUGCUCUCUCAAGAGGGCUGUUGACUAUGAUGAUUGUUCCGUUUGGUCUGUGCUUCUUGUUCUACAGCCCGUUAUACUUUGUUUUCAAGCGCGACCGCGACAAUGCUAGGUUGGCGGCCAGCGCCAAGGAACUGGAGCUUAUGUGAAUACGAAUUACUUGCUCAUCAAGCUGUGCAGCUGCGACAGUCGACGACCAACUGCUUCAGUUAGCCUAGUUAUUUUGGUCAGAUUCUUACCAGUUUCUCGUUUUAGCUAUAAAUUUUCUUGAUUGCAUUGGCACCAAUCCAGAAUUUAGUUUGGGAUUGAAAUUGAGUCGAGGAAAUUCAGGUUCAAACUUCUUCAGGCAGAUGAAUACACACGAGUACCGAUGAUUUCUUGUACAAUUAGAAAGAAUAAUUGUAAAUCUUUUGUGUAGAUACAUAAAUGGCAGCUAUCAUGUGCUAUCAUCCUAUAACCUGUUUGGAUUGGGGGUAUUUUUAUGGAUAGUUUUGGUGAUUUGGACUAGAUCCAAAACUCCUGUAGAAGUUCUCAUCCAGACAAUUCAGUAGUCAGUAUAUUUUUGUUGUUGUAUGUAAACCUGAAUUUAAGACAGAGAAAUUAUCCACACUGACAAAUGCUAGUUUUAUUUGCAGAA